AUUAUUUCCGGUUAGGACUACUCUCUAAACAGGAUGAGACUGUUUGAAUAAGGCAUUUCAGAGCUGAGCGCAUUAGAGGCCUACGAGUAGCAUCUAGUCCGGGAUAUGAUCUGGAUAUAAGUGCGUUAAAUCUGUGGGAAGAUGCUCUGCGCUCUGAUCGCGGUGCUGUGCGCUCUGUUGGCUGCUGAAAGAGCGACAUGUACCACUCGCCAGUGCACAGCCAAAGCCUGCUUCACUCUCCACACAGAACUUGUACUGUUUGAGAAAGCGAACAAAAACUGCUACGAAAACGGCGGCUAUUUGAUUACAAUAAGAGACUAUCAUGACUUAGAAGCUGUGAAGUCAGUUCUCGCGUUAGCCGGGAAGAUUUUGGUGCAGGGAAAAGUCUGGAUAGGACUGAAGCUUUCUAAAGGGAAAUGUGUGCUCAGCGACAAGGAGCUGCGCGGCUUCACAUGGAUCUCUGGCGCCUCGGAUUCCUCCUUCUCCAACUGGGGAAAGGAACCGAGCAGCACGUGUACGGAGGAUCGCUGCGUCACGCUCUCGACUGCAACCGGGGAACUCAAAUGGAGUGAUGGAUCUUGUAGAGAACCCGCGCUUUAUAUGUGUGUGUAUUACUUUAAAGGUAUGUGCAAACCUCUGCUACUUGCGGGACCAGGAGAGAUCAAUUACUCUCUUCCAUUUUUAAAAGUGCCACUUCAACAGCUUGGUGGUUUGACUAUGUUACCUCAUGCAACAUUCGCUGAUAUAAGCUGCGCUUAUGACAGUGCUAUGAACACUCGUGCGGUGUGUAAAGAACGGGGCGCACAAUUCGCUUGGGAAGAACCAGGACCUUUUUGCGCCUCGGCAAAGCGGAGUUGCAAAACCAGAAACGGAGGAUGUGAUCAGCUGUGCUUUGAUGAUGAUACCGGAGUGCGUUGUGAAUGUGAAAAAGACUACUACCUCGGCGACGAUCAAGUCACAUGUUUCCUGAAAGACGCCUGCCACGAUUCACCCUGCGAACACGGGUGCGCGUCAAAACCCACUGGGUUUACGUGCACGUGUCGAAAGGGAUUUGAGCUUUCCGAAGACCAGGUUAGCUGCAAAGAUGUUGACGAAUGUACCCAGGAUAUUUGCAAAGGUCAUAUAUGUCACAAUAACCCAGGGGGCUAUGAGUGUGAGUGUAAGAAAGGCUUUCAGUCCGUUGAUGGCAAGUGCGAGGACAUAGACGAAUGCGCAAAACCGGUGUGCGCGCGUCACGCCACGUGUCUCAAUUCUGAUGGUUCGUUCUCUUGUUACUGCUCUUCUGGCUUUAAGAAGUAUCAAGAGCAGUGUGUAGAUAUUGACGAAUGUCUGAAUCGGCCUUGUGAAGGUAUAUGCAGCAAUACGGAUGGCAGCUACACGUGUUCCUGUGGCCCAGGUUUCCGCUUAGCUGAGAACGGUAUUAGCUGUGUUCCGGAACCAAAGCGCACAACAACUUCACAUGAUUUCAAAAUAAUAUUAACUGAAAGGUUGGAUCAGCCUGCAGUAAUCACAGUCACGCCACGUUUAAGCACUGAGACGACUGCGGAAACGCACCAAAGCGUGCGCACAGAUGGCUCAGUUGUCGGGUCUUGGAUUCUGGUGUAUGCGUUGAGCACGGUGAUCCCCCUUCUCCUGCUGAUCACAGUCACUGCUGUUAUCGCCAUGCACCGCUGGAAUCGCUCACGCAAACACGCCAAGAAGAAAGGUGCUACAGCAGACAGCUACUGCUGGGUGUCUUCUGGAUACACAGCACAGUUAGAAACACAACGGAACAAAAUAUACUGACGAUGUUUGACGAGGAAAAAACAAAACAAAACCUGAACCACUGUUUUAAUUUUGAUGGGAAUGCAAAUUUGAUUUUUUUUUUUUUUUUUACAUACUAUCACUUCUACUUUGAAUUCUUUGGAUUUUUUGUAUCUUUGUGUUUUUGUUUAUUAAUAAGACUUGACAUUUGAUACAAGACAUUCUUACUGCAUCACUGAACCACUGAUCAAAUCACCUCUCCAAUAGCUCUGUAAUAAUUCUUUAUGUAAGUACACACACACACACACACACACACGAACCCUGGAUCUCACAAUGUGGUGUAGGGACUCUCAGGGAUCCUUUGCACACACAUAGCCAGCAGGUCCACAGUUAUCAUUUUCAUAUAAUGUGCUGAAUGUAGAGAUUACUAUAGCUACAUCAACUACAACUACUACUAUCAGCUACAACCAACAUUACAAAGUUAUACACUCUAAAACUUUUCACAGGGGUUAGAGCUUACUUAAAGGUUCUACCGUGAACUUGUUUUAAUAAACACUCACUUAGGGUUUUGUAAAGAACCUUUAAAGAUUCCCACUGAGAAACAGAGUUUUUUUUUUAUUUAACCUUUUUAUGGGUGUGAGUGUUGUAGCUGUCAUUUAAUUAUUAUACUUAUAUGCUUGGCUGAUCAGAGUAAUUGAAUGGGUUUCAGAUGAUACCAAUCACACCAAUGGUUUUCUUAAAGGAAGCUCCAGAACUUGAAAACAAGCAUAAAUAAUGUCAAGUUGAAGCUAAUUGUAGUCGUAAUGAAACUAGCAUUGUUUACAAAAUACAAAAUGUUUUAAAUCUAUCUUCGAACACGUUGUAAGUGGUUUUGGUUGAGUGGGUGAUAAAUUCAGGAAUCAAAAAUCUAUAAUGGCUUGAAGCGUUGUGCCUAAUAGUUGGGUUAUUAUAAUAAAAUAAAUAUUAGUCUCAA